GCAGGCGCGGGGCGGCCAUGGCGACCUUCUUCGGGGAGGUGGUGGUGGCCCCGUCCCGGGCCGGGCUGGACGAGGAGGAGGAGGACAGGGAGGAGACCCCCGAGGACCGCGAGAUCCGCAGGGAGCUGGAGAAGAAAAGGGAGGUCGAUGUGCUGUGGAGCGGGCUGGCCCCGGAGCCCUUGGUGUGCUCCCGCUUCGUCGUGGCCAUCGGGCGGAACGCGGCAGCUUUCCUGUCCUCUUUCAUUCUGGAUUCUGUGUGCUGGGAGGUGGUUGGAGUUGUGAAGCUCUGGAACGAGUGGUGUCGAACAUCCAGCACCACCAGCGUCCUCCCCACCGAUUCCUUCUGCCUGUUCUACAGAUUAAUAUCAGACCCCACGGUUUUACUGUGCCAGUGCAGUUGCUACGUGGCUGAGGAUCAGCAGUUCCAGUGGCUUGAGAAGGUUUUUGGCUCGAUGCAGAAGGAAGGGUUGCAGGUAACCAUCCUCUCCACGUGCCCCGUGGCUGAUUAUAAAACUCAGGAAUCCACUUUAACGCUUGCAUCUCCGUUCCUGAAAGCCUUGAAGACCAAAGAAUUCCAGGAGCAGGUUUGCUGCCCACUGCUGGAACAGCCCAACAUUGUGAGGGACCUCCCUGCUGCUGUUUUGAGUUACUGCCAGGUGUGGCAGAUCCCUGCAGUGCUCUACCAGUGCUACACUGACGUCAUCAAGCUGGACACCGUGACAAUCGAGGCCUUCAAGCCUCUGCUUUCUUCUGAAGUCCUCAAGAGUUUGGUCAAGGAUGCAUCUGAAAGCACGAAGAUGUUGAAGAAGUUCCUGACGGCCACUGAAAGUCACAAUAAUAUCUACAUUUAACAGGGACUUUGGUGCCACAGGCUGCACUUUUGCAAACUCCAGUUUCUUCUGCAGAAGACUUUUGGGAAUCUUAUUGUUGUUUUCUUUUUUUUAAUUAUUUUUAUUAUUAUUAUUUUAAAAGUAGAAUAAAUUCCAGGAGGUUUUUACUUCUCAUUUUUUGCUGCUUUCAGCUUCAGUGGCUGCAAAACAGGUGGAUUCCUUCUGCAGGGCUUGGGAGACUUUCUGCUGGAGUGGCUUUAGCAAAGAUAUUUUCAGUAGGAAAAGCAGCUCUUUGUUCUCCUCCUGAAGGGAUUGUCUUACCCAAAUAUAAAUGAUAAAUUACGGAUGAACUCCUUUUGUAUGGAAAAGAGGAAAUGCAGUUAAGGGAUCCCGUCUGUAUCCAACAAGAACACCUAUUUUUUACUCUUAUUUUCAGUCACAGGGUAUUUUCUAAUACCUGAUGCUCUUUAAAGGUUUGGCUGUGAUGGAGAAAACACACCCUGUGCCCUUUUCCAUCCAUAAAUAUAUCCAAUUUUCUUCGUGUGUCUGCAUAUCCUUUUUUAAUGAGUGUGUCUGACACCAAAAAUCCAGUGAGUGAAGUGUGGAAAACACCUUUUAAAGACUGAAAUAACCUGGGGAAAGGGGCUUGCAGGAUCACAGGCAGUAUUUUUGUUGCUCCCAGGGAAUUCUGCUCCCUGAGUUUAACUCUUGAUUUACACUGGAGGGCUCAGUUCCUUUAAAUUGCUGCCCGUGUUGUUGCAGAGAAGCAAGAAAAUGUCACUUAAAAACGCUGCUGGAUUUUUGGAACUGCACGUUGGCUGCACCAUUUUAUUACUUGUACCUGUUUGAUUUGUAAUAAAUAAGGUAGAUAACAAAAAAAAUAUCUUCAGGGAUAAAAAUGCAGGCUCUUGUAGGAAGUGUCACUGCAUUUCUGGUGUUGGUGUGAUCACCCAGGCAGUUGGCAGCGUCUCAGAACAGUUAUUUUAUUCUCUAUAAUUCACUUUUUACCACCUGGGUUUAUGCUGAGGUGUGAGAAUGCUCUUUUAAACACCCUGAGGAAAAAGCAGCAAACAAAACACCGGCAAUUUGGGAGAUGAAAUGACACCAAAAACUGGUGGAUGGGCAGAAUUCCUCCAGGGUUAAUUAUUAUUAUUCCUCCAGGGUUAAUUAUUCCUGCAUAGCUGCAAGUGUUUUGUGUAGGAUGUGGUAAGUCAGUCCCAUAGGGCAGUGAAAUAAGAUAUUUUAAUUUUAAAUUCUAUCUUUUUCCAGAAUUCCAUGGGUAUUUUAAUUUAAAAUUCUGUCUUUUUCCGGAAUUUCUUGUAGGAAGCAGCUCAUUCACCCCUUAAGUAGUUCUGGACUCAGAACUGAUGAUGCUCAAGGAUCUCAUCAGAUGUGAAGGGUUUUUUUUUUCAUAUUUGAAUGUUGCUGCUCUUUUUUUGUCCCUUUCUGUGCUCCCCAGUACCCACCAAGAGCCUGCAAGAAGGCUUUUCUUAUUUCUCACAAUAUUAAUAAUAAUAAAUUUAAUACUUGUACGAGUCCAUAAAUUUAAAACUUGUCAGAUGCGCCAGGUGGCUUCAAAUCUUUUUUGGGGUGGGGGGGAAAGUUCAUUCUUGCCUGUGUGUCUGAAAUGUGGUGGUUUAAGGCUUGUUUUCUUAAGGGCUUUUUUUGCUAAAUGCAAAUAAUGAAACCAGGGAGAAUAAACUGAUUGGAAGAGU